AUGGCGCAGGCGAGGGAGUGCAACGUGGCGGACUUCGUGUCAGUGUUGCCGGUGCCGCCGCAGACGGAGAGGCGCCGCGGCGUGCUUCGUUUUAUGGGGCCCACAAACUUCGCCCCCGGUUUGUGGGCGGGUAUCGAGUUGCUCGGCACCGUCGGACGUAACGAUGGCAGCGUGAUGGGGAAGUCAUACUUUUCGUGUCCGGCAGGGCAGGGGGUGUUUGUUCGCCCUGAGCUUGUCGUGCCUUACGCGCCGGAGGCGGAGGGGCAUGCCGGCACGCCGCACAAAGGCGGUGGAAGGACAGCGAUCGUGGAGAAACUGCGCACAGAUAUGGUGCAGCUGCGGGAAACGUUGCAGCAAAGGGAAUUGGCGCUGCGGGAUGCGAAGGAGGAACUUCGCAGCGCCAUUGCGCUGCAUGAGGCGAGAAACUUGGAGCUGCAGAGAGCACUGGAGGAAAAGGCGCAGAUGUUGGCGACGGCGUUGGCAGGCAAACAAAAUAUUGCGGCGGCGACGCAGACGGAGGCGGCGGCGGCGGCGGCGGCGAAGGAUGAUGAAAUUCGCUGUCUGCAGCAGCAGUGUGCCGACCUGAGGGAUCUCUGUGAGCUUCAGGAGGAGGAGAUCAACCGGCAGAGGGAGCACGCCGACAACCUCGCACAAAUCGUGGAGGACGUGCGCCGCGAGCAGGAGGAGGAGCGGGCGCGGAUGGAGACGAGAAUUCGUUCCCUAGAAGAGGCGGUCGCACAACAGCAACAACUGGCCGCCUCCGAACUCAGGCCAGCCGCGGAAGAGUCCGGGGAGGCAGAUGUGGAAGCCACGCAACUGCAGCUUUUUGAGCGACAGCAGGAGGAGGAGGCGCUGCGACUUCUCAAGGAGCGAUACGAGCAGCUUUACGCCGAGCGGGAACAGGAGCGCCACGCGCAGGAGGUAAAGUGGAAGCAGACAACGGCUGAGUACGAGGAGGCACUCACACAGCAACGAGAGUACAAGAGUCGGCUUCUUGGCGAAAUUCGACGCCUGCAGCAUGAGAUUGCGGAUAUGCGUCAUAGCAGUGAGCGGGAGCGGGUGUUGCAGGUGCCGCUCAGUGCACUGGAGCGGGAGGAAUACGAGUCCCAGCUAAAUAGGCUGCGGUGGGAACUCAUGGGGGCCUACGGGGAAAUGUUUUCUAAGCGCUAUGAUCACUUUUUGGCACCCGUUUCUAAUUGGAAGUCGCCGGCGGAAGUGAUGGGGGCGCUGCGCGAGGCGAUCCUCUCCUCGGGAGGAGUUUUGCCGUUUACGACGCCGGACACGUGUCUGCACUCCCGCAUGGCCCUCUUCCAGAUGCACCCACGGCGCUGA